AUGCCUGUUAUCGCGGUAGCUGGCGGUACUGGAGGUGUGGGGAAGACCAUCGUCGAGAGAUUGGUCUCUGAGCCCAAGCACCAAGUCAUUGUAUUGUCACGGCAGGUGAGACAAGACCGGUUUGAAAGGGCUAAGUACUUACAAAUUGCUAAGAAGAACGUGCAGGGAUCGAUUCAGGGUCUUUCAUCAUCUCGGUUUCAAAGAGUCCAGAUCGACUACAAUGACAUUCCCUCGAUGGCCCGAGUGUUGGAGGAUGUCCAUGUCGAUACUAUCGUCUCCGCGAUCGGCCUUGUCUCCGAUGAGACCAGCCAGGCUCAGUUGAACCUGAUCGAAGCGGCCGAGAAAUCCCGUACCACAAAGCGAUUCAUCCCAAGCGAAUUUUCUUUUAUCCAAACCGAAGAACUACUGCAUAUAGAUCCAAGCAUCAAGUACUGGCUUGAUGCAGCAAACAGACUCAAGUCCAGCUCUCUGCAAUUUACCCGAGUCGUUCCGGGAUUCUUCAUGGAUUACUGGGGCAUGCCAAAUAUUCAAUCAAAUCUGCAGCCAUAUUCGUUCGGUAUCAACAUCGCCAAGCACUCGGCCGCCAUCCCGGGUAACGGAGACGAUGUGAUCUGUACGACAUACUCGUACGACAUGGCGAACUAUUUGGUCAAAUUACUCGAUCUUGACGAGUGGCCUGAGUUUAGUGUCAUCGUCGGGGACGAGGUGACCUACAACCAGAUUUUAAAGAUGGCCGAAGAGUUUACCGGUACCAAAUUCGAAGUGACCUAUGAUAGCGUAGACCAGGUCAACGCGGGGAAUGUCACCAUACCUCCCAACCCCCCGGGUACCAAAUACUCCGAAGAGGAAAUGCGUGAGGUAACUGCGCUAGUCAGUCGGCUCACAGUCAACGGCGUGUUUGAGUUACCAAAGGAGAAUAGGCUAAAUGAGCUAUUCCCGGACAUACACCCAAUUACAAUGAAGGAACUUUUGGAACGAAGUUGGAAGAAGUAA